UCAUAUCUCUGUGGGGCCCUGAUCUCGCAAGAUAUAACCCUCAUUCCAGUCGAACGUUGGGCAUCGAAUGUCGAUUUCGUCUCCGACAUCAAGCUUUUCAAAAAUCCUACAAAUGGUUUUGACACCUACGCCAACUAUGCAGUCUUUCUUUGCGCUAAGUGUGUUACAUAUCUCAAGAAUUGUGAAGGAGGAGCUCGAGAAACAGCUGUGACCCGCUGGACAGAGCUCCUCGAUCUGCUCGACGAUUGGUAUACACAAAGGACAGACGAGAUGAGACCGAUCCUCACAAUACCCGCCGUUCAAGGCGAGGAGCAUUCACCAUUCCCUACUGUACUAUAUGGAAACGGACCAGCAGGUUAG